AUGGAAUUGAUUACCACGGUUACAAAGCUAGAAAACAAUAUCACCUCAGUGAAGCAACAGCUGAGCAUCCUGGUCGAAAAAGUCAAAGAAGCAGAUGGAAGAGCAGCGAAAGUGGAGGAAAGAGCAGCCAAAGUGGAGGAAACGGUAGCAAAGGCCAAGAAGAUGAAUGUGGUGUACGACUCUGCUCAUUCAGUUGAGUGCAUCCUCUGCAGUCAGCUCAAAGUCAACAACCAAGACUUCUCAAUGACCAUCACUCAAGCACUCAGGUCCAGUGCAGCUGACUGGAAUACUGUUCAAGCUGCCCUGAAGCUUGAAGACAAAAGCAGCGAGUGUCUACUCAAAACAUUUAACAAAAUCAAGGACAAAUGGCUUGAAUAUGGACACACUUCAAAGCCCACAGCCAAGAGCCCGUUUCUCUCAACUGGCCCAAUUCCUAUUGCUGAGGAAUACUUCACACUGUGCCCCAGAGAAGUUGACAUCCUCCAAAAGCUCCUGGCUUGGAUUUUGCCAGACCUCCCGACCUCAGCAAUGCUGGCCAACCUGAAGGAAGCAACCUAG